AUGAUUGCGCAUAACCAAGUCACCAAGCGACUGCGGCUCACUCGGUGUCGGUUCAGGGCGUCAAGAAUGCUUCCGCGCAGGGAGAUGAGCCCGACAAUACCUCGUGACGCUGGCGGCAAGGGUCGACGGCCAGAGGCUGGUCUCUGCAACACAGAAGCGAAGUAUCUAGACAUCAUGAGGCCUUCAGAGAUUUACCCCAGAAGCCCCCAUGAUACCAGGUAG